AUGUUAGGGAAUUUCGCAUUGCCGAAGAGGAGACAGUCUGUUGAUCAUGUUAGGAUUGUAGGAGUAACUGAAAUACCCAAAGCUAUCGAAGAGAAUCUUACUGUAAUUGUCAGAAAAUUUGAACAUUUUGAAAACGAUGUUAGUGGAACAGUAGAAUCAUUUCUAUCGCUGUAUCCUAAUCUGCGUGUGCUGAUUGUAAAAAUACAAAAGAGACCAACGUACUUAGUUUCAGCCGCAUUUCAAGAUACUAGGGCAGUGGAGUGUUUGAAAGUAAAUUUGAAUGCGAGAGAAUGGUACAUUGAAUAUUCAACAACAGAAGAUGAUGUCUGUGACAGCGUUAGCGGGAAUCAUGCCAUACUUGUUGCAACUGAAACUAUAAAAAAGCUGCCGGUGGUAUUUAUGCUUCCAUUUCCUGAAGCAUUAUAUAUACAGGCAGCUGCACAAAAUAUAAAGGUGAAGUUGCUGAGGCAAGGCGGAUUAACAGAAGGACAACCUCUGUACAAAAGCAGCCAUGCAUAUUGGAAAUUACAGCAGUUGCAUCAAAGACGAUUAAAGGAUAUGUACCGUGAAUUUGGUUUAAAAAAAGUUGUAAGGGAAACUGGUGUCGUUGAAUGGUAUGGCUGUAAUCGUAAUACUGCUAGAUGUUUCGGAACUGUUGUAGAUGAUAUACCGCAGUAUUUAUGGGAAGGAAAGUGGACGCCUCCGUGCUGUUUGGCGGGAUUGCGGCGCACAGCCAGGCACGUGUUUGACCAACUCGACGAGUCUGGUGUUCGGUAUUGGUUGGAAGGUGGUAGUUUACUUGGUGCUAUGCGUUCUUCUGAUAUAUUGCCCUGGGAUUACGACGUUGAUUUGGGCUUUUACCGCGAUGAUAUUUCGCGAUGCCAUUGGCUUCUGAGGGCACAAAAACAGUCUAUCAUUGAUAGUGAUGGAUUUGUUUGGGAGAAAGCGCCUGAGGGUGAAUUUUUUCGAGUGCAGUACAGUCAGUCAAAUCAUUUACACGUCGAUUUAUUUCCUUUUUAUGAAGUCAAUGGCACUAUGACAAAGGAUACUUGGUUUCCUACACACAAACAAGAUAGGGAAUUUCCUGAAUAUUUUUUGCAUCCUAUGUCCUCUAUUGAAUUCAUUGGCCGACAGGUUCCAGCUCCGAAUAAUAUAAGAGACUUUUUAGAACUGAAAUUCGGUAAAAAUGUUAUCGAGAAUCCAGAAUACCCAAAUCCUUCCAAACUUAAAUUUUCGAUGGCUGGAAAUUUACCACCCUAGUCAGUUGAUUUGUACGUUAAUGACUUCUCAGCCAAAAGAACAUUCAAGUUAUGAAAUCAUCCAUUCUUCCAAAAAAUAAACAAUUGUAUGAAGUAUGGUGAAAUAUUGUUUGAGCAGUUUAUGUUACAAUAAAUGUUUUGAUGUGUGUUUGUGUGUAAAUCAACCUUACCUUCAGUGUCCUCUCUGAUGUAGAUUAAAGUAAAUCUCAACUAUCACCAAACUAAAACUCUAUCUCUCAACUCAGUUUUGGAAGAUUGUAGCUUCAGCGGUCUCUUCUCUUUGCAUCAGAUUUUAUAAGGCAACACAAAGUUAAGGGAAGUAAUGUUGAUAUAUCAUCGGAACACAAGAAAAGUGACACAUUUCAAAAAGUAAUUUUUAGUUGUCUGCGAGUAGACUGGCACUACAGCCUCGUGGAGUUAAAGCCUGCUAUAUAAAUCUGCUUCAUUACAUACCUUCCGAUCCCGAUAGAAUCUUCGUCCAAACUGCCAGGAACUUCGAAAGCUUUCGAAGCUUGACCAUAAUAUCAUGCUCUAAAAAUUACCUCUAUAUGGAAUUCGUGGUAUUGCCUAGAUUGGAUUAUCAAGUUCCGUCUCAAAGAGUUGAAAUACCGCAGUGACACGAAAGAACAUACUACUUAAGUUUUUGUAACGUGGCGCGUCAAGGGCUGCCAUCACGAUGGAAUAUCUCACGGCAUUUCGAGUCUUUCUCGGUCGAUUGAUUAUUACGUGGCUAAGAAGGAUUGUUUUUUUAAAUUUCCGGCAUUAUCUUUGCAGUGGCAUAGUGCGAAGGGUCACAACCUGAGACAGCACUGAGCUGAGAGCGAUCGACGACUUUUUCUCUGCUGACUGCUGACGGGGAAUCUUUGGACAACUCCGCGACUGUUUCGCUGCCUGCGACUUUCUGAAGCGUAGGUGUCAUUUUCACAACUGCCUCGCUGUCCCUUCGAAUCCUUAUGGUAGUCGUCCUCACCCAGUUUAAUUCUCAAAAACAUCACAUUUUCUUCAGCCGAAUGGGGAAUUCUGGCUUAUCCUAGCGUAUCAUAUUCUACUUAUGCUAAAUUUAUUUGUAAAAUGCGUAAUAAUUGUUUGUCUUAUAUUUUCCUUGUGUUUUGCUGUUGAUAUUUUUUUAUUUCCUGCUAUGUUUUCAUUAAUAAAUGAUGCUUUAUUUUCAUUACUUUGUUUUACUAAGAAAAUUAUAUUGAAAAUA